AUGAUCAUCACAAUGGCCGAGGAGCGAACGCCGCUCAUCGGAGGUGGCCAAAAUGUUCUCGGACAGCCUGGAUAUGGAGGGCCAUCUUCGCCACAGAGUCAAGGAAGUAGUGAAGGCACUUUGGUGUCGCCAGUUGGUCCAGAUGAACUACCACCUCCAUACACCCCAUCGUCAUCGGGGGUCCCCAUGGUCACUUGUCGCGUCUGUCAAGCAAUGAUUGACAUUUCUGGGAAAGUUGACCAGCAUGUAGUCAAGUGCACCCAAUGCAACGAAGCCACACCCAUAAAGAAUGCUCCUCCAGGCAAGAAGUAUGUCCGCUGCCCAUGUAAUUGUCUCCUGAUUUGUAAGAGCUCCUCCCAGCGGAUAGCUUGUCCCCGGCCCAAUUGCAAGAGGAUCAUCAAUUUGUCACCCUCUCCUGUCAACCCGUCUCUGCCCAAUGUGCCGGGAAUGUGCCGCGUCACAUGUGCGCACUGCCAUGACACUUUCAUUUUUAACACUCUUAACAAUGCCCUUGCUAGAUGUCCACAUUGUAGGAAAGUUUCAUCGGUUGGGCCAGAAUUUGCACGAUGCCGAGGGAUUGUAUUUGUAGUCUUCGCCCUGGUUUUCUUGGGCAUAGGAAUUGCUCUUACUGUCACAACUCUCAGUUAUACAGCUAGUUAUCCUGGCAUCUAUGUUGCAUAUAUUGUGGCCUUCCUGGUGUCCCUAAUCCUCUUUUAUCGAACUGUCUACUAUUGUUCCAUGAAGAUCAGUCUCAUUGAGGGACCUCUAUAAAUUUGAUGAAAUUUGGUAAAAUGUAUGUGUUGUCUACCCUUGUUUGUCUGUUACAAAUUCUUUUCAGGUGGUCGGGAGAAGGAAGAUAGACUAGAUAUAUACAUACUUCUAGUGACCAUCAUUGCAUGCAUUGUAGUGUAUGAAUGAACCUUUGGCUUGGAUCUUUACCGACAAUCUGAACUUGUUUGUCAAGGAAUUGGUGAUCUUGAUAGUCCCAAAUACUUGUUACCUUACUCUUUUUUUCUACAUAGUUUUAACAAAUUCCACAAUUUUUCUUCUUUUCUUUUACAGAACUUGCAGUUUAGUAAUAUGACUUGUGAAACUUUUAUAAUAAUAUCCUUUCAGGAUCACACUUGCCAGUCAAAUCAAAUUUGGUUUCAAUAUCUUCAGUUUUAUGUUAUCCUUCUGUAUCCAAAGUACUGAAUUUUGAGAAUAUGAUAAAGAAUUUGAUGCCAUAAUUUAGUAGGCUGGAAAGUGAUUACUGGUCUGUAGUCAGGUUAAGAGUCUUUGAAUUUCCAUAGUUCAGUAGCUAAAUAAUAUCAGAUAUUUAGAAAUUCAGAUAACCUUUAAUAUGAAUGGAUAAUAGAAGGGUAAUCAAGAUUUGACACACAUACUGUGUUGAUAAAGUGAAUGAUUUUGUCUCUUCUGUCAGCUUUCUUUGUCUUACUGUAUCUAUUUAAGAGCAUUUGCCCUGGUCUCAUAAAUGUUAUGAAGACUAGACAUUGUAUAAUGGAUAUUAGAUUCUUUUGCAUAAAUAAUUGAUGUUCACAGUAGAUGGUAAGUAUUAUAUAAUUAUAUUUUAUGUAUAUUAAGGAGACAUCACCAACAAUCUUGAAUGAUCAAAAUGCAGAUCAUGAUACUUUAAGAUGUUGAUAACUUAUGUUGGAAAUAUUAUGAGAGUUUUGAAGUCAUUGUAGGAUAACUUAAAAUAAGUCUAGAAACCUGUGAUAAGCUAAUGAUCUUAGGAAGCUAUCCCCCCUCUGUAGCGUGAUUAUGCUCAGACAAACCUGAAUUCUUAAACAACUGAAAGCAAUCGAUAUCAUGGAUAUAUAUUUUUAUUGAGAUUGCUUUUAAAGUAUUGGUUUAGAUGUUGAUUUCAUUUUCUCUUCUUUUUUCUCUUUUUUCUAUUGCUGCUAUAUAAGGCUGUUUAAGGAUUUGGCCCUGUGUAUCAUUAUUAGAUAGUACUCAAAGUCGUCUUGUAUGUGCCCGUCCUGUCAUACAAAAAUUAUUUACCUAAAUGAAAAUGAAAAAAAACAUUUGUAUUAUUACUGCAUGGUCAUAUUUUGUGAUCAGGCAAGUACUAUGCUUGCAGAUUGAUAAAGAUAUAUAUAAAAAAUAAAUAAAAAGUACAUGUAAGCAAAACAAAAUGUACAAAAUUCUUUUUUCUUUUGCUUUCAAAGUUGAGAAUUGAUUUCUUAAAUUAAAUAUUGAGUUGAUCAGGGUUGGUGAUACAGAAGAGGAUACACUAGGCUUUGAGAAAGAUUCAGGCAGUGGACAAGAGAUUGCAAGGGAAAGAAAAGCGGAGAAAAGUGUGCAUAUAGCUGGAAUAUGUAUGCAGAACCUCAUUUACUUCUCUCAUGGGGUGAAACUGUUCAGAAAUGAGGGGUCAGGACUAGAAAGGAAAACAGCCAUAGGAAAAAUGACAAAAGGAGAAUACCAUUGUUUAAAUUUAGAAAAGUUAUUAUUCUUCCUGAUCGUUCUCCAAGUAGAAAUGAAUUAGUGGGAGAGUGGAUGCGUUAGCUGAGUGAGCAGAACAAAUGAGUGAGUGAAUGUGUUGAUGAGAUACACACAGAAAGAAUGAUUAAAAAUAAACAGGUGCAUAUGAGGUUUAAAUGGACUCUUUUUCUCAUUGUUAGCCUAAAUAUCUUGAAAGGUUCUAAUUUUCUCUUGACUUCUGAGUGCAAAAGAUUUAGAUCAGUAUAUUUCAUUGUGAAUUGUAAAAGGAAUGUUUAUGAAGGCCCUUGAGAAUUGGUCAGUUAAGAGCUCAUUCCACUAUUUUAAUGACAUAUAAAUGAUGAUUAAAUCUGCAUUUAUGUUUAUAUGUUUUCUUUUAUAGAUUUUGUUUUUCAUAUUUUUUGUAACAAUACUCUUAUUUUUGUUUAUGAAUUAUGAAUUAAUACUGUCAGUAUUAUUAUUACUGGUAUUAUUUUUGUUUUGUUAGUUUGUUUUGUAUCAAUAUUCAUUGUUUGUAAAGAAUUUUAUUUUAUUAGUUUUUAUUAUUUUUUCAUCUUAAAAGUCAUUAUUCUCAUUACUAUUAAGAGGCUUAGUAGUUGGUAUGUGUAUCAUCAUUUAUUAUUUAUUUUGCUUAAAGAGAUCCCUCAGAGUAAAAUCUUAACUAAAUGUAAUAAGUAAAUAAAUCAUGAAAUCCCUGUUUUAACCACAAGAGAAAUCAAUAAGAUAUGUAUUAAAGUCUUAGCUGGCAACAGCAUUGUCUAUUUGAUGUAUCUAACUGUACACUUGAAUUUCUAUCCUAUAUGCUCUUAUGAUUCUUGUAAAUAAAAACAUUUUUUUAAAAGUUAUUCUGUGAUUACAAAUUGCACUGAAGGAGUGGAGAUAAAUUUUUGUUGUUCAAAUCAUGGAGAAUGGCAUCCUCAAAAGUGCGGGGGACAUAUGACUCGUAGAUCACAUUACAGAUAUCACCUUUCAGCCAGAGGGAGUAGAAAGUCACUUGUAGCCAUACAAGACAGGGGAACCUGGUCCUCUCUCUCUUCUCAUAUAAAAGCCAAAGUCCCUCUUUUGGUAAUAGGAGUAUUUUUGUGGAGGGAAAGUCAUUUGUAGAAUUUUAUUUAGAUUGUUUUUUCUUUUAUUAUGAUCACAUAAGGGUUAAAUGCUUAUUUAUACUUCUUGUAAACUUGGUGUCAUACCUUAUAAUACAGAAUUUUAACUUUUUGUGCAGUUAUAAGAGAAUUUUGAAUAGUCUAGAAAGCACUAGUGACAUUCCUCUAUAACCUGUACAUAAAAUGCCUAGGAUAUAUCCAAACAAUUAGUGUAGAGGUAUCAAAGCUGUAUCUGAAAAUAAAGUCAUGUAAAAGUGCUGAACGAAA